GUUAGAUUCUUGUUUUUGGUGGUUUCAUUAACAUUGAUUCUAUGACUUCUUCAGCAGUGUUGCUCCAUUUUAUGACUUGAUCAAAGAGAGUGUAAGUGAUGUCUGUGAAUGAUAGAGAGGAGUCAUCUAAUGGGCAGUUGUUGAAGGACAUUAAGGAGGUAAGUAAAGCUCUUUACUUGAACAAUGGACCUCAAAGACCGGUGCUUUCGUUGUCUCCUUCUGUUCGAUCUAAAUCUGUUUCGAGAACUACAGAUAUUGGUUUAGUAUUGUCAAAUAAGAAGAAGAAACCGUCGGUACCAUGGGAUUGGAAGAAGCCUUUAAAAGCUAUAGCUCAUUUUGGGCAGCGUAGGUUUGAUGUUUGUUUUCUACUCCAUGUUCAUUCCAUUGAAGGGCUGCCUUUGAAUUUAGAUGGUACUAAGUUGGUUGUGCAAUGGAAGAGGAAGGAUGAAGUGAUGUCUACUCAACCUUCCAAGGUUUUACAAGGAACUGCUGAGUUUGAGGAGACUUUAACGCAUAGAUGUUCGGUAUAUGGUAGCAAACAUGGGCCUCAUCGUUCUGCAAAGUAUCAAGUGAAGCUUUUUUUGGUCUAUGUCUCUCCUGUUGAUGCUCCAUGGCUUGUUCUAGGGAAGCAUUGGGUUGAUUUCACCAAGAUAUUACCGUUGUCUCUGGAGGAACUGGAAGGUACAAGAAGCACGAGAAAGUGGAACACGAGCUUCAAAUUAUCAGGCCUGGCGGAGUCUGCAGUUUUGAAUCUUAGUUUUGAUUACUCAGUUGUCAGCAGUUCAGUCUGUGACUCAACAAGUGAAAAUGUGAUGCUGAAGCGGGUUGGUAGUGUUCCAAGUAUGGACCAUAGAUCGUCAUCGCUUGAUGAUGGAAAGGUCGUCAAUCAAGUCUCGCCGAGUCUAAGUUUGGAUCUUUCCCAGUCAAUAGAUUUUCUCUAUGAGAAACUUAGCGAACAAAACCCACAACGAUCAACAGGAACUGAUAUUCAGUAUGAACAUCUGCGGAAAACUGAAGUAGACCAAGAUUUGAAGACUGAUACGCAAGCAGAUGACUCUGGCGACACUGAUUUUGCUUUUACUGGACAAGGAGUAGAGAUGUUUCAGCAAGAAAGAUCAAGGCUGGAAGAAAGCACUGAUCCAAAUACAGAGUCCUCGAGAAUUGAAAUUAUUGAUGUCCAUGAGAUACUUAAAGAUGAAGAUGAAUCCUUUUUCGAGGAAACCCAUUUUAUUGAUCAGUUAUCAGUGGCCGCACUAAAACAUUCAGUUGAUGGAGCACCCAAGUCAACUUUCAGUAGCCAGGUAAAUUCUGAGUCAUCUGAGAGUAAAUCUCGAUCAGCCAUGGAUGAUUCUACGAAGAAAAAAAACUUUUUGGAAGUUAAAUCUAGUUACAAAGGUGCCAAAAUAUCAACGAAGUCACUAAGCUUGGAUGACAUUACUGAGUCUGUAGCUAAUGAUUUUCUAAACAUGCUUGAACUUGAGGAAUGUUCUUAUGUUUAUACCUCAGAUGGUGAACCUACAUCUCCUCGUGAAUCUUUGCUUCGAGAGUUUGAGAAGGAGGCUUUCGCUUCUGGAAACUUUCUCUUAGAUUUAGAUGGAGAAGCAGAAUAUGUUUCUGAUAUAGAUGAGAAAUCGAAUGAGUUCUCUUUCUCUGCAAGUUCUCUGGGUGUUGGAGAAAACAAGCGUGAGGGAAAAUCUCAGCUGUUAAUAGACAGAAGGAAGGCCAAGGUACUUGAAGACUUGGAAACUGAAACUUUAUUGCGAGAGUGGGAUUUUAAAGACAACAGUUUUGAGAACUCUUUCUGUGCUUGCUCUGAUGGGUUUGGAAGUCCAAUAGAGCUUCCAGUUGACAAGGGGGUAGAUUUGCUUCCACUUGGAGAUAACAUUGGUCCUUCUGUUUGGACAAAAGGGGGAGGGUGUAUCCGGUCCAUAAAUCCUUUAUUGUUCAGAGAGUGUAAGGAUGCAUCACAUCUAAUCAUGCAAGUCUCAGUCCCGGUGGUGCUAGUAUCAGAAUUAGGUUCUGAUAUCCUUGAAAUACUCCAAAGUUUGGCAGCUUCUGGAAUUAAAGGACUUUGCUCUGAAGUUAAUGCAUUAAUGCCUUUGGAAGAUAUUAUGGGGAAGACGAUACAUGAAGUUGUCGAUGACGCAAAAUUUGAGAGAACUGGACAUGAUUGCUCUGACAAGAGUAGAGGUGUCGUGGUUCAGAAACCAUCACGACAGCUGGAUUUUUUUCCUUCAAAUGAAGAAUUUGGGGGCUUUGGAUCCAAUAUGUGUCCAAGUUAUGUACCUCUUGCAGAUAUCACUUCCUUAGCUGUUGAUGAGAUAUACCUUCUCUCGAUAGAAGGAUUAAAGAUUCAAUGCAGUAUGUCAGACCAAGAUCCACAAUCAGGAAUUGCACCAAAACCCAUGGAUCAGUCUGAUGCUCUAGAGUUGAUGAGUUUUUCCUCAACGUUGGAUGAGUGGUUAAGGCUUGACCAUGGAAUGCUAGACAACAAAGAUCAAACCAGCAAGCAAAUGAGAAAUAAAAUAUUAGCGCACCACGCCUAUCAAGAUCAGGCUUCUAGUGGAAAGGGUCAUUCAUUAAGGAACAAGUUGACACUUGCUCUUCAAGUAUUACUUAGAGAUCUAUCCGUAAAUAAUGACCCUGUUGGUGCAUCUAUGCUUGCUCUGAUCCAGAUUGAAAGGUCAUUGGAUUCCUCAAAUUCAUCUGUGUGUAGUUUGGCUCAAGAAGGAAGAAAUAAGGACUCCUUUGGAUAUGAUACGCAGUUGUGGAGAAUCACUGAAAUUGGUCUUGCGGGUUUGAAAACUGAGCCUGGUGUAGACCAUCCGUGGUGUACGAAAUCACAGCAACAGUCUGGAUCCCGCUGGUUACUUGCCAGUGGUAUUGAUAAAACCAUCAAUUGCCAAGCUUCAGAGUCAAAUGCGAUCAUUGUAUCAAACCCACAAGCAACUAGAAAGAGGUUGGACACAUUAUGGAGUAUAACAUCUGAUAGGCACCAUCAAGAAGGUGAUUUGAGUAGCUCUGCUGCCUCUGUUCCAUUUACAAGAAAUUUAGAUGUGAUCUUUUUAGAUGAAGUAACAGAAAGAUCGUGAUAGUAGCAUUUCCAUCGGCAUAUUAUUAUACUUCUUUCUUUCCACUCUCUGCUGAAGAACUAGUCAUUUUGAUGUGAAAGCAGUCUCGUUCAUGGUGGAAAAUGCUUCGCUGACUCCUCCUCUUUCUCUAGUUGAAAAAAAAGUAGAUGCAGAUGUCAUCAGUUUUAUCAAUGUGUAAGAGAAAUAUAAUUUUUGGUAAAUAUACUCCAUUUGCGAAU